GGGCAGGCUGCAGUAUUUCUGGAUGACUGGCUGUGGGAGACUGGGGAGGGAGAUGGAUAUAAGGUGUGUCUGAACAGUCAUGCUGUGGUGAGGGUAAGGCAUAUUAGAAAGGGAAAGAAAUCCUGUCCACUACAAGACAUGGAGGAACGUGGGUCUCCCGAUGGAGACCCAGCACGGAACCUGGAGCAAGGGCCAGAAGGAUCAGAAACUCCCAUUCAAGUGGUGCUCAGGGUGCGUCCCAUGAGCACAGUGGAGCUGCGUCGAGGGGAGCAGAGUGCAUUGCACUGUUCGGGGACCAGGACUCUGCAGGUGAGCCCCGAUGUGGCGUUCCGCUUUGGCGCCGUACUGGACGGGGCGCGCACGCAGGAGGACGUGUUCAGAGCUUGCGGUGUGAAGCGCCUGGGUGAGCUGGCGCUGCGCGGUUUCUCCUGCACGGUCUUCACGUUUGGCCAGACUGGUUCUGGGAAGACCUACACUCUGACUGGACCUCCUCCGCAGGGGGAAGGGGUGCCCGUCCCCCCAAGCCUGGCUGGCAUCAUGCAGAGGACCUUCACCUGGCUAUUAGAUCGCGUGCAGCACCUGGAUUCCCCGGUCACCCUCCGAGCUUCCUACCUGGAGAUCUACAAUGAGCAGGUUUGGGACUUGCUGAGUCUGGGGUCUCCACGGCCUCUGCCUGUUAGAUGGACCAAGGCACGAGGCUUCUAUGUGGAACAGCUUCGGGUGGUGGAGUUUGGCAGUCUGGAGGCUUUGAUGGAGCUCCUGCAGAUGGGUCUCAGCCGUCGUCGGAGCUCCUCACAUACCUUGAACCAGGCCUCCAGCAGAAGCCAUGCCCUGCUUACACUCCACAUCAGCCGCCCAACUUCUCAGCAGGUACCUCCUGUGGACCUUGGGGAGCCCCCUGUUGGAGGGAAGCUGUGCUUUGUGGAUCUUGCAGGCAGUGAGAAAGUGGCAGCCACAGGAUCCCAAGGGCAGCUGAUGCUUGAGGCCAAUAGCAUCAACCGCAGCCUAUUGGCAUUGGGCCACUGCAUCUCCCUGCUGUUGGACCCACAGAGGAAGCAGAACCACAUUCCCUUCCGGGACAGCAAGCUCACCAAGUUGCUGGCAGACUCACUUGGGGGCCGUGGGGUCACACUCAUGGUUGCCUGCGUGUCCCCUUCAGCGCAGUGCCUUCCUGAGACUCUCAGCACUCUGCGAUAUGCAAGCCGAGCUCAGCGGAUCACCACCCGGCCACAGGGUCCCAAGUCCCCUGGAGUAAAGCCACCCCAGCAAGUAGAGAACGAGUUGCUAAGGCUCCAAGAGGAGAAUCGUCACCUGCGGUUCCAGCUGGAUCAGAUGCACACCACGGCACCAGGGGCCCAUGGAGCCCGGAUGGCCUGGGCCCAGAGAAACCUCUAUGGGAUGCUGCAGGAGUUUAUGCUGGAGAACGAGAGGCUCAGGAAGGAAAUGAGACAGCUGAGGAGUAGCCGGGACCUGGCCCGGGCAGAGCAGCGUGUCCUGGCCCAACAGGUCCAUGAUCUGGAGAGGCGCCUCCUUUCGGCUUGUCCCCUUCCCCAGCAGGGCUCUACCCCUGUGUGUCCCUGCAGGAUGGUUCCAGCUGCCUCCUGCCAUGCACUGCCACCCCUCUGUUACUGCCACCACUUCUGUCCUCUGUGCCGAGUGCCCUUGGCCCACUGGACCUGCCCACGGAGAGAGUGCCACAUGCCACAGCAGGUGCUGGAGCCCGAGGCCCCAGGUCACAUAUCUCAGUCUGUGUGGCCCCCACCCUGGGCACCUCCACCAAGCCCAGGCUCUGCCAAGCCCCCACGAGAGAGGAGCCAGAGUGACUGGACCCAGACACGAGUCCUGGCAGAGAUGCUGAUGGGAGAAGAAGUGGUACCCUCCGCACCACCCCUGUCUGCAGGGCCCUCGAACAUGCCAUAUGGGCUAAGAGGCCUUCCCUGCAGGCCUCUGAGCCCCUCCUUGUCUUUGCUUUCUGCAAGUCCUCUGCUGCCCCCAGGUGGACAAGGGACAGUCAUGCGUAUGACAAUCGGGUAUGGAGUCGGACAGGCUCAGUGCCAUGGGCCUUAGCAUUGUGGCUUCCUCAAGUCCACACGUUUGGGAAUAUUCUCACAAGUGUGAACCAUGCAUUGUUUCAGCUGUGUCACUUGAGUAAGCACUGUCCCACAUGGAUGUUUAGAUGAAACUGCCAAAGCCAAGAGGGGAAAGGACUGCGCCUGUAGUCCCCUGCGUGUCACUGGACUCUGAUACUCAAGUCUCCAGCUGGCCCCUCCAUCUCCUUUUCUCGACAAGGUCUCAAGCAGCCCAGUCUGGCCUUGGGUUUAGUGAGUGGUUAAGGAUGAUCUUGAACUCCUGGUCCUCCACCCUUAACCCCUCAAAUGCGGCCAUCAUGGGUCUGUGCCGCUAUGCCCAGCUUAUGUAGUUGCCGGGACUCGAACCCUCACACAUGCCAGGAAGGCACUUUACUGAGCUAGAUCACCAGCCUGGCUUUCUAUUUGGCACAGAGUGGGGAAUGAAAAGCAGAGUGUGGAACUCAGAUGGGCCACGAGGAGCUCCUCUUUCCUCACCGUCAUAGCGUCCACCCCUACUCCCACUUUCCAUGGUGACUCUGAAAGGACAGCCUGUGACAUUAAGCUUGCCUGCACCCACUGGCCUCUGUUCUGCCCUGUGCCCCUGAGGUCCUCACUUGUUCAGUAACAGCUUCUGAUGACCGGUCCUUCCCUCUUCCUGGAAGCCGCCUGGGUACUCACUGUCUUCCAACUCUUUCCUGUCUCCCCAUUGGUCUCCUGCACCCCAGAUGCACUCUCGAUCACUUUCUGAACAUAAAGAACCCUGUGCCUUCAGGGCAAGGAGCAAGCCCUGGGCCCUGGCAAUCCUGCCCGUCCCACCGGCCUAGGCACUCCCCUCUGUCUUCCAUGCUCCCUGACUAGGGAGAUGUUUUCAACUUAAAAUGUUUUGGUGUGUAUCUGUUUUAUGUGCAUACACAUGUGUGCACACGAGUGCGAGUGUAGGAGUCAGAGGACAACAUGCAGGGGUCAGGCCUUUCCUUCUACCAAAUGGGUUUCUAGGAUCAAACUCAAGUCAAGUCAAACUCAGCAAGCACCUAAACCUACUGCGCCAUCUCACCUGCUCUGGUGUGUGUGUGUGUGUGUGUGUGUGUGUGUGUGUGUGUGUGUGUGUGUGUAUGUGUGU